AAAGGUAAUACACUGGCUACUUUAAAUAUACCAUCGCAUUUUAAAUAGCAAACAGCAAAGUUUGAACCACUCCAAAUUAUGGUCUCGAAUGUUCUCGUUUGAUGUGCGAGAAUGUGCAACUGUGCUAGUUUCAGUGUCUGACAUUCUAUAAAAAAAAUGGGCCUAUCGAUGCUGCAAUCUCAAGCUGGACGUUUCUUGGUCUUCCUGUAACAACUACGUAGAUGGGGGAUGAGGAUGUGUUAACAUCUGCACCUGAAAUAAUGUUAGCUCCUGACUCCCUUUUACGAUGAUUUAAGAAUAGCUUCACAUGCAAGUUUGGGGUGUCUGAUAUUAAACUUUUUUACCUGGCAUAAGAUAACGAGUACCAUAUGUUUCGAUGAGCCAGAAAGUGAACUCUAGCAUGGGCCCUAAGGCUGAUGCUCCGUUUGCAGGAGCCAGUGGCCACGGGUACACACCCCUUUCCCCAGGUGGAAAGGAGUCGCGAAAGACACUCCCUCAUUCACCAUCACCGCACAUGGUGGAGAAUGACUGGGAUGGUCAGGAUGACAUGAGGAAGCAUGAGGUGGAGGAGGCACGGGCUCGUGCCGCGCAAAUGGAGAAGACGAUGCGAUGGUGGUCCGACUGCACGGCCAAUUGGCGAGAGAAGUGGAGCAAGGUUCGCAAUGAGAGGAAUAAGGCACGUGAUGAAAAUCGACACUUACGGACUAAGCUGGAGGCGGUUAUUAAGGAGUGCACUUUGCUGAAAAGGGAAAAACAGGAACUACGGUGUGAACUGGAGCAAGUAAAGAAACCAGGCACUGGUAUGGUCCAGAUGAUUUGUGAUGGUCAGAGGUUAGGCAUGGACGGUGAUCUUAGUGCUCCUGACAACACUUGUGAAUCUGCAGUUUUGGGUGGAGCUGUGGCACCAGUGCUGACCUCUCAACCUGACCUCUCCAAACUGCCAGACAGUAGUGACUUCAUGCACAAAAUUCUGAAGAAGGACAGUGAUUCUGUGAGUGUUGUGUCAGAAACCAUGGAGAGGCUGAAACAGACGAGGCAGAAACUGGACGACGUGUCCAUUGCGGGAGAGGAGUCCAUCGCAGAGGAAAAACUGUCUCUCUUAGAAAUGAAACUAGAAGAAUCCCAGAAGACGAUACAGGUUGAGAGAGAUGAGAAAUCAAGUUUAACCAGAAGUAUUGAAAAGAUGCAAACAGAAUUGAACAGCUAUAAGACUAAAUAUGAAGAAGCCAAGAAAGCCAGACAGGACACAAUGCUAGAGCUAACAAAAUUGAAAGACAGUCAUAAAGAUGAGAUAGGAAGAAUAGUUCUAGAGUUGGAAGAUGAGUCAACUUCUCGUUCUACCAUGGACAGACGCCUCGGGGAAUUGCGUAAAGAGCUGGAAAGGUUACAAUCUGAGAAUGCUGCUGAGUGGGGUAAGCGAGAGAGACUGGAGACGGAGAAGCUUUCACUGGAGCGGGAGAACAAGAAACUGCGGAUCCUGAUCACAGACCUGGAGGAGCAGGUGGAGCGGAAGAACCAGCAGGCCUCCACCAUGAUGGAUAGCGACAUGAAGACCCUACAGUAUGACCUCUCUGAGAAAACAAAGGAGCUGAAUGAACUGAGACAUGCCCAUUCUAAGCUGAGGAAGACUUUACAGGAAAAGUCGACAGAGUUGGAGCACACAAGACGACGUGCUGAACAGUAUGAGCUGGAGGUGAAGAAGCUGAGGGGUCGAGUGGAGGAGUUGAAGAGAGAGCUGUCCACAGCAGAGGAUGAGGCUGACAGCCAGGCCAACCUGGUCAGAAAGCUACAGAGAAGCAAUGAUGAGUUGCAGGAGCAGGUAGAUAACUUACAGUUGCAAGUGGAGCAUCUACAGAGCAGGCUACGCAGUGCUAGUCAGCCUCUGCUGAAGACCCGAUCCUCCAGUCUCAAGUCAUUUGAGGACAAAGAGGUGGAUGAUGAAGAAGAGGAUGCAGACAGUGAAGAUGACCUGGAUGACCUCUCUUAGCACACACGAGGUGACAAGGAUGAACCAAAGAAACAAUGAUCUGUUAAGCUGUCAAUCAAAAGAACACUGCAGAACAUGGGCAGGGCUGAGAAUAAGAGGUUGUGAAAACAUCAUUGUCUGAUCACACACAGCUCUCUUAGUCUAAGAUCUUCCGUAUCAUGGAGAGAUUCACUUGUACAAUACCUGUGUUUGUAUUGUAUCUGAUGUCACGCCUCUUAAAGUGACCUUGGCAGCUGGUGUGAUGGUUUAAAAUCUGGCAGUAGUGAAUACUGAAUACAUACUGGUUGUAAAACAAAUACUGUUCUGUAGUAAUGUGAAUACUAGUAUGCUUAGUCAGCAUGUGAUACGGUAGUUUUAACGACAUGGAUACUUCGUGCUUUUGAACCCUUCAGGAUGGUUGUGUUUAUGAGGUCCGUAGGAACAGGGUAGAAAAAUAUAUUUAUGUUGUCCAUGUAAUGUGAAGUGUGAAAAAUGUGUUAGCAGUGAUAAUGUACGUGUAUAUUUGUGUGCAGAAGUUACGUGACAUUCUAAAUCUGCAGCAGUCAUUUGUGCAGAAUUGAUGUGGGGUUCUAAAGAUGCAGUAGUCAUGAUGGCUGAAGGCUGGGAAAGGCAGUUCCUUAUAUUGUUAUUUCGUCUCUGCCUCAGGUGUUUCCUUAACAGCCUCCAUAUUCUGACUUAACAGUACCCAUAUUCUGACUUAGCAGUACCCAUAUUCACACUUAACAGUACCCAUAUUCACACUUGUAAACUUGGUUUUGUAUAAUCUGAAAAUUGGAUCUUCCAGUAAUUGCAAAUUUUUUGGGUGCAGUUGUAAGGUUGGAAUGACAGAAAAUUUGUUUUCAUUGUACCUUAAUAUAAUGUUGAUCAUUUCAAAGAUCUGCUGCAAGUAGAAAGGGAAUUUUGUUAACAUAUUGGAUUUCAGCCACCAGAUUUUGUCUAAUGGAUCUGACGAGUGUUUUGAGACAACAGAAACAAAAGAGCAAAAUCCUGUCUGGCUAAGAGAGUGAAAGCACUGUAAUAACAGCCAAUGCUUACCACAUGUUCAAAUCCAGAUUCAAGUGAAUUCUCAUUUAUGACUGGUUAUUUAUUACUGGUGCACGCCUAUAAUGUGGGUCCGGGUUUUCUGUGGAUUAGCUUCAUCCUGUAAAUCUUCCAGCUCUAGCCAAAGCCUGAGGGUUGACUGAUGUCUGAUGUCAACAAAUAUGACAAAUACAUUACAUAGUAAGUAAAUAUGCAUCAAGAACAAAAUCCAUGUUUCAACUUGAAACUAUUUUAAAAGAAUAAUGGAGAUAAUUAUACAGAUAUUCUAUUAGUUUAAAGAAUGAUAGAGAUAAUUAUACAGAUAUUCUGUUAGUUUAAAGAAUAAUGGAGAUAAUUAUACAGAUAUUCUGUUUAAAGAAUGAUGGAGAUAAUUAUAUAGAUAUUCUGUUAGUUUAAAGAAUGAUGGAGAUAAUUGUACAGAUAUACUUUUAGUUUUAGGAAUGAUGGAGAUAAUUAUACAGAUAUUCUGUUAGUUUAUACCAAAGAUGACCAUGAUAAGGGAACCAGAAAGUAUUGUACUUACACCAAGGUGCCUUUUGUGAUACUACUUACACUGAUCAGGCAGAUAAUACAGUAAUACAGAAAAAGAGUGUGUGUACACACAUCCGUGUUUGCUUCAGGUCAAACAUGGAAGAGAGUGUGUCUACAGACAUGCAUGUUAACAUCAGGUCAAACAUGGAAGAGAUUGUGUGUACACACAUCCAUGUUAACAUCAGGUCAAACAUGGAAGAGAGUGUUUGUACACACAUCCGUGUUAACAUCAGGUCAAACAUCGAAGAGAGUGUGUGUACACACAUCCGUGUUAACAUUCGGUCAAACAUGGAAGAGUGUGUGUGUAUAUACAUCUGUGUUAACAUCAGGUCAGACAUGGAAGAGAGUGUGUGUACACACAUUGGUGUUAACAUCAAGUCAGACAUGGAAGAGAGUGUGUGUACAUAUAUCCGUGUUAACAUCAAGUCAAACAUGGAAGAGAGUGUGUGCACAUACAUCUGUGUUAACAUCAAGUCAAACAUGGAAGAGAGUGUGUGUACAUACAUCUGUGUUAACAUCAAGUCAAACAUGGAAGAGGGUGUGUGUACACACAUUGGUGUUAACAUCAAGUCAGACAUGGAAGAGAGUGUGUGUACAUAUAUCCGUGUUAACAUCAAGUCAAACAUGGAAGAGAGUGUGUGCACAUACAUCUGUGUUAACAUCAAGUCAAACAUGGAAGAGUGUGUGUGUACAUACAUCUGUGUUAACAUCAGGUCAGACAUGGAAGAGAGUGUGUGUACAUACAUCCGUGUUAACAUCAGGUCAGACAUGGAAGAAAGUGUGUGUACAUACAUCCGUGUUAACAUCAGGUCAGACAUGGAAGAGAGUGUGUGUACACACAUCUGUGUUAACAUCAGGUCAGACAUGGAAGAGUGUGUGUACAUACAUCUGUGUUAACAUCAGGUCAGACAUGGAAGAGAGUGUGUGCACAUACAUCCGUGUUAACAUCAGGUCAGACAUGGAAGAGAGUGUCUGCACAUACAUCUGUGUUAACAUCAAGUCAAACAUGGAAGAGAGUGUGUGUACACACAUUGGUAUUAACAUCAGGUCAAACAUGGAAGAGAGUGUGUGUACAUACAUCCAUGUUAACAUCAGGUCAGACAUGGAAGAGAGUGUGUGUACAUACAUCCGUGUUAACAUCAGGUCAGACAUGGAAGAGAGUGUUUGCACAUACAUCCGUGUUAACAUCAAGUCAAACAUGGAAGAGUGUGUGUACACACAUUGGUGUUAACAUCAGGUCAGGUAACAUUCUCCUAUACUUGUACAUGUAUAUAUAAGCUUGGUGGAAUAGGUGAUCCAUGGAGUUUGUGUGGUAAUGUCGUUUGGGAUUCUCCUACACAUGAAGUAUAUAUACAGGCUUGGUGGAAUAGGCAAUCCACAGAGUUUGAGAGGUAAUUUCAUGUGGGAUUCUCCUGUACAGGAGGUAUAUAUACGCUUGGUGGAAUAGUCAAUCCACAGAGUUCGAGAGGUAAUUUCAUGUGGAAUUCUCCUGUACAGGAGGUAUAUACAGGCUUGAUGGAAUAGUCAAUCCACAGAGUUCGAGAGGUACUUUUAUGUGGAAUUCUCCUGUACAGGAGGUAUAUAUACGCUUGGUGGAAUAGUCAAUCCACAGAGUUCGAGAGGUAAUUUCAUGUGGAAUUCUCCUGUACAGGAGGUAUAUACAGGCUUGAUGGAAUAGUCAAUCCACAGAGUUCGAGAGGUACUUUUAUGUGGAAUUCUCCUGUACAGGAGGUAUAUAUACGCUUGGUGGAAUAGUCAAUCCACAGAGUUCGAGAGGUAAUUUCAUGUGGAAUUCUCCUGUACAGGAGGUAUAUACAGGCUUGAUGGAAUAGGCAAUCCACAGAGUUCGAGAGGUAAUUUCAUGUGGAAUUCUCCUGUACAGGAGGUAUAUAUAGGCUUGGUGGAAUAGUCAAUCCACAGAGUUCGAGAGGUAAUUUCAUGUGGAAUUCUCCUGUACAGGAGGUAUAUACAGGCUUGAUGGAAUAGUCAAUCCACAGAGUUCGAGAGGUAAUUUUAUGUGGAAUUCUCCUGUACAGGAGGUAUAUACAGGCUUGAUGGAAUAGGCAAUCCACAGAGUUCGAGAGGUAAUUUCAUUUGGGGAUUCUCCUGUACAGGAGGUAUAUACAGGCUUGGUGGAAUAGUCAAUCCACAGAGUUCGAGAGGUAAUUUCAUUUGGGGAUUCUCCUGUACAGGAGGUAUAUAUAUGCUUGGUGGAAUAGGCAAUCCACAGAGGUUUGAGAGGUAAUUUCAUGUGGAAUUCUCCUGUACAGGAGGUAUAUACAGGCUUGAUGGAAUAGGUAAUCCACAGAGUUCGAGAGGUAAUUUUAUGUGGAAUUCUCCUGUACAGGAGGUAUAUACAGGCUUGAUGGAAUAGGUAAUCCACAGAGGUUUGAGAGGUAAUUUCAUUUGGAAUUCUCCUGUACAGGAGGUAUAUACAGGCUUGGUGGAAUAGGUAAUCCUAUUGAAGUAUGCAUGAAGUACAUGUAAAACCAUUAAACUGAUCACCACAAGUAAAAGCUUACAUGAAACAACAAUCAAAUAGACAUUAAAGCCAAUACACAAACCCAAUGACUGGCCAUUGGCAGGACCCUGACUUCCAGUACUGAUAGCCUGGGAGGACUUUGUCCUUAUGAUGGCAUGUAGGCAUGUAUAAACUGUUAAAAGUAUGAUUUAAUAAUGAUUAAGCUGUGUAUUACACUCAAAGAUCAAAGGCUGUUAGUUUACCCGCUUCUUGGUUUAUAUCUACUGGAAACUUCAUUGUGAAUGUAGCUUUAGAGAAGUCAGACAACUGAGCAAAGUGCUUUAGUCUUGAUUAGCUUUACUGGACAUUUGAAUGAGUGAAACAUUUAGGGUCUACUCCAUAUCACAGAGUUAUUAGCAGUAACACUGGAUCUUUACAAAUACAACUCUGUUUUAUAUGUAUCAGAGUUUUGCAACAUGUUUCAUAGUUUAUUAGUUUGUUUUUUUUUUUAUCAAACUUUGCGUUCUGUUUUAAUAUCAUGUGAUUUGGGACAGCUGUAUUUUUGUAACAGUAUAGAUAGUAGAGUUAGCAAUGUAUGUGUGCAUAUAUCUAGUAUUUUGAGGACAAAGACAAGCUCUGAAUGUAUGCUGUAUUCCAGGAAUUUUUUGAUUUUCCCUCUGGAACUUUGUGUUAUGCAAAAAGACACAUAAUUAUCAGUGUAACUGGUUUCAUGUAUUUAUUCAUGUUCCCAUGAUUGCAUGUUAACUGGUUUCAUGUAUUUAUUCAUUUUAUCAUGUGUGCAUUUAUACUGGUUUCAUGUUUUUAUUCAUGUUCUCAUGUCUGCUUGUGAACCGGUUUUAUGUACUUAUUCAUGUUCUCAUGUGUGUUUGUGUACUGGUUUCGUGUAUUUAUUCAUGUUCUCAUGUGUGCAUGAUAAAUACAUUUGUUAUGUCAUUUGUUCUUUGUAAAAAAAAUUGUGAAGGAAGAAUGCAUAACUUUGCAUAAAAUACACAAUGUUGAACCAAUGAGAAUUUUGUUGAAAGUUUGUAAUGUGAACAAAUAGGCCAAGUACAUGUUGCCCUGAGGCCUAUAUCCUGCACAAAGGAAUUAUCUGAGUACUGUUGAGCUAACACAUAGGGCCUACAUGUACCUCUUAAAUGUGUUUUAGUUCCGUAAUUAAAUUUAUCAGUGUAUAGGUUGGUUGAAAGGGCCUGAGUACAAAAUGACAUUACAUUAUGCGGAAUGCAUGUAUUGCAAAUUUGCUACAACUAGUAUAACCUAUGGAGGGUUUCCCCAUGAAGUUAACCUGUUGCCUGUACAUGACAGACUUGUGCCAUUUUCCCAACAGAACACUUAUGUGUAUCCUCUGAAAAGCUCUGUGUACAAUUGAAACACAGUGUUGUUACAAAAAUAAACACCCACAUAAGUUUUUGUAAUUUGCGUAACUCGUCCAUCCACGAGAUGUGCAUCAGUGCAUGGAAUAACAAUCUAUUCUAGUAUCAUUCAGAAAACAUAGUAUUGUGUCAACUUUAACAGGUUUUUUUGUUGAGUGUAUGGUCAGUUUUUGUACGAUGAAUGCUGUAGUUAUUCAUUUUUGUGAUGUUAUAUUGUUCUUGAUUCGAUUUGUAAUUUGAUUGAGCUUCCAUACAUGCAAAAUAUGGAAAAUUCCAUCCCUAAAUUCCCACACAUGAUUCACAGCUAGGCAUUUACAUGUUCUAAUAUACCUUACACUAACUGGUAUGUUCCAUCCCUAAAUUCUCACACAUGAUUCACAGCUAGGCAUUUACAUGUUCUCAUAUACUUUACACUGACUGGUAUGUUCCAUCCCUAAAUUCUCACACAUGAUUCAUAGCUAGGCAUUUACAUGUUCUCAUAUACCUUACACUAACUGGUAUGUUCUAUCCCGACCCAGAUGUCUGAACAACAAAAUUUCAUGUAGCUUGCAUUCAUUUUAAAGUGUCUCUAGACCAAAGAGAACUUCCUGCUUGCCCACUUAUGAUUAUGGCUUUGUACAAAUUACAGUGUUACAUAAGGGAUUUAUAACCUAGAACAGUGGAGAAAGUCCUAUGGAAAGAUAAGGCAGAAUGCUAGGUGAGCAUGGUAGGAUUAAGCUGGGUUCAGUGGCCAUCAGUUUAUCCAAAACGCUGGCAUGAUAUAUAAUAAAUUUCACCUGUUGUUGUAAAGGUAGAUUACCUGAAUAUACCUAUGCAUGAUCUGUGUUACAAAGAUGUAGAAACUAAAACUUCUACUCACAUUUUGCAGGAAAUCCUGUGAACACUGGUUCAGACAGCUAUGACUAGUGGUGUGAAAGUUUCCUACAAAUGUACAGGAUGCAUUAGGCACCAUCCUGCAACACUGCCAGCUUUAUUAUGAAGAAUAUAGGUCUUUGUCUAAACUGAGAAUAUAGGUCUUUGUCUAAACUGACAAGUAACAUGAAUUAGUUAAUGGAAUAUCUGGUUUAAGAUUGGCUGAAUGUAGUAUUCCUGAUUCCUUCUCCAACACUGUACUGUGUAUAUCAUCCAGUACAUGUAUUCUUUCUCCCACACUGUACUGUGUAUAUCAUCCAGUACAUGUAUUCUUUCUCCAACACUGUACUGUGUAUAUCAUCAACUCCAUGUAUUCUUUCUCCCACACUGUACUGUGUAUACCAUCCACUACAUGUAUUCUUUCUCCCACACUGUACUGUGUAUAUCAUCCAGUACAUGUAUUCUUUCUCCCACACUGUACUGUGUAUAUCAUCCAGUACAUGUAUUCUUUCUCCCACACUGUACUGUGUAUAUCAUCAAGUCCAUGUAUUCUUUCUCCAAGACUGUACUGUGUAUAUCAUCAACUCCAUGUAUUCUUUCUCCCACACUGUACUGUGUAUAUCAUCCACUACAUGUAUUCUUUCUCCCACACUGUACUGUGUAUAUCAUCAACUCCAUGUAUUCUUUCUCCCACACUGUACUGUGUAUAUCAUCAACUCCAUGUAUUCUUUCUCCCAAACUGUACUGUGUAUAUCAUCCACUACAUGUAUUCUUUCUCCCACACUGUACUGUGUAUAUCAUCAACUCCAUGUAUUCUUUCUCCCACACUGUACUGUGUAUAUCAUCAACUCCAUGUAUUCUUUCUCCACACUGUACUGUGUAUAUCAUCAACUCCAUGUAUUCUUUCUCCCACACUGUACUUUCUAUAUCAACUCCAUGUAUUCUUUCUCCCACACUGUACUGUGUAUUUUAUCAACUCCAUGUAUUCUUUCUCCCACACUGUACACUGUAUAUCAUCAACUCCAUGUAUUCUUUCUCCCACACUGUACUGUGUAUAUCAUCAACUCCAUGUAUUCUUUCUCCCACACUGUACUGUGUAUAUCAUCAACUCCAUGUAUUCUUUCUCCCACACUGUACUGUGUAUAUCAUCAACUCCAUGCAUUCUUUCUCCCACACUGUACAGUGUAUAUCAACUCCAUGUAUUCUUUCUCCCACACUGUACUGUGUAAAUCAUCAACUCCAUGUUUUCUUUCUCCCACACUGUACAGCAUAUAUCAUCAACGCCAUGUAUUCUUUCUCCCACACUGUACAGUGUAUAUCAUCAACUACAUGCAUACAUUAGGUAAAUGACCUCAAAUUUGGCUCUGUUUAAGUUGCACAGUUUGACAUAUUCUAUGAGAUCUGCUAUAGAAAUGUGUUCCCAUGUUUGCUUGGAAGGUUAGAUGAUAUACUGCUGCAAAAAAGGUAAGUUUCAUCACCAAAGUUUCAUAUUCUGACCUAUAUUUGCCUCUAAAAAUGCACUUUUUGACGUGAAGUUUUAGGUGAUUUAUGGCAGCCUACUCUUGUGCAGACUGCUGACUAACUCACAAUGUUGUGAAUUAAGUGCAUGUGUCAAAAAUGCAACAAAAUUGAUUAAUGUUGAAACUGUAACCUGGAAGCCAUUCAUAAGGUUAACCUGACCAUUCAUUAGCUUAACCUGACCAUUCAUAAGGUUAACCUGACCAUUCAUAAGGUUAACCAAACCAUUCAUAAGGUUAAC